AUGCAGCCUACGCGAAGUCCUUCUCCUAGCGAACAAGUCACCCUGGACAAGCCUCUCUCUGCUACCAAUAUCGAGCCCACCAAAGCUGAAGAUGAACCUGUCAAGACUCUGCCACUCACUUUUCCUGAUGGUGGUCUUCGCGCUUGGAGCAACAUAGCAGGCUGCUUCCUCUUGGCCUUCACCUCCUACGGCCAACUUAAUGCCUUCGGAGUAUUUCAGACCUAUUAUUCCCAGACUCUCCUGCGGGGACAUUCUGUCUCCGCUAUCGCCUGGAUAGGCAGCACUCAACUAACUAUCAGCUACAUCGCUGGCAGCGUUCUCGGCCGCAUGUUUGAUAUUUAUGGCUCAAAAAUUCUUCUCGUAUCAGGGUGUUUUCUUUCUACGUUUUGUCUCAUGAUGACGUCGCUGGCAACCAAGUAUUAUCAAAUAUUGCUCGCGCAAGGUAUUGGUUUGGGAAUUGGAAUCGCUGUGCAGUUCUAUCCUAUUCUCGCUGUGCCAUCACAUUGGUUCCGCGCCAAUCGUGCCGCAGCUAUUGGGAUAGUGGUUGCUGGCUCUAGUCUGAGCGGUAUUAUCUACCCUAUUAUGCUAUCGCGACUCUUCGACUCCGUUGGUUUUCCGUGGGCAGUCCGUAUCCUAGCAUUCAUGAACUUUGGCUGUCAAAUACUGGCCAUACCUCUCGUUAAGGAGCGCCUCCCUCCCCGUCUUGGAGUUCCGCUGAUCGAUUGGCUUGCCUUCCGCGAGACUACGUUCUUACUUCACGCACUUGGUGGUUUCCUUGUAGCCUUUGCUUUAUACACUCCAUACUGGUACAUCGAGCUGUUCAGUCUGCAGAAAGGGGUUGGCGCAAAUUUGUCCUUCUACAUGAUUGCCAUCAUGAAUGCGACCGGUCUCGUUGGGCGUGUUGUCACCGGAUACGUAGCAGACAAGUACGGACGCUUCAACACUCUUGUGCCCGUCACACUCCUAUGUGGCAUCUCCGCGUUAGCAAUCUGGUCUACGUCCCAGCAUACCGCAGAAAUUGUGGUAUUUGCGGUCAUAUUCGGGUUUACGUCAGCGUCAUACUCAUCGUUGGCUUCUACCGCAACUGCGCAGGUCACUUCGGAUCCCUCACGCAUCGGCGCUCGCACCGGGAUGUUCAUGACGGCCAUGUCUCCAGGUAUUUUGACGGGGCCCUCCAUAGCUGGUGCCAUCGUGGACUCGAGCAAUGGCGGGUAUCUCGGCCUGCAGAUAUUUGUUGGUGUCUUCCUUGUGGCGGGUGCGGCAUUGGCACUGGCCGCGCGAUGGAAUGGCGCUCGCUCGCUCGCGGCCGUAUUUUAG